AUGUCGACCAUCCCCCGUCGAGAUCGCUCCGGCAACCGAUACUGGCAAAUGAAGCAACACUAUUCCAGCACAAUCGCGGAGCUAAGAGAAAUCGCCCGCAAGGCAGGCUAUGCAACCCCUACCAAUAUCCGCAAGGCAAACAUCGUCAACAUCAUCCACCGCAUCCAUCGCCAGUUGCCCAACUACAGCCCCUGCACGCUCACCGAGCUUCGCAAGUUCGCAUUCGACCGCAAACUCAUCACAACCGCCAAGACUGGAACCCACAAGCAACUCCUCCGCCUCUUGACCGCCGCAGACGACGACGUCCAGUUCUCCCUCCUUUUCGACCUCCCGCCUGAGCUACGUUGCGCCAUCUACAGAUGGUACAUGGCCCCCUUCCCCGAAGAGCUUGAAUCCCCGGCGCAGCCUCCCCUCACACGCGUGAGCAGAGCAGUGCGCAGAGAAGCAACCCCUAUCUUCUACCAGUCGUGCCACUUCCUCCUCGACUUGACGCGAACGAAGGGCGUGAAGCAUCAUUUCCGCUUCGAAGACGACACCCACCACUUCCUCUCAUCAUUGAUGGCUCCACACAUCGCCGCCAUACGGAGGUUUCAGUUCCAGUUCUACCUCGCAAGGAAUGUUAGCGGCAUCGACGUCUACAAGAUCGACGUUGAGCUGAGGACUGGAGAGAAGGGGUUUCUCCCGCGUGUCAAAGCACACAAGUUCUUGAUGAGCCAGUCUGGCACCACGGAGGUUGAUGCAUCUUGCGAGAAGAUGGAGAAGGCGUUGGUGGAGUACUUUGCGACGCGUCGGGCUACUGAGGCUGAGGGCAAGGAGGUGAAGUUGAGGGCGGAGCACUUUUAUGGUGCGAGGAGAAAGAUGGACGAGAUCAUGCAUCCAGACUGA